AUGCUCUCAGAGUGUUUUAUUGCGUCAACUUUGACGUCUGCCAAAACCCCGGCAACGGCAAGCCUGAGAGAUGUAGGAAUCUGUCUCCACGAAUUUCAACCGGCCCCUACCCUACGUUCGACUUUCAAGAAGAGCUCGACUGCAACCAAUUGUCUCGCAGUGAGCCUGUCGCAUGUGUUUGCGGCUCAGUCCGAGAAGGCCAUUCUACACGUGUAUAGUCGAGAGAAGGGAAAUCAGGAAGCAACUGUCCCGUUUCCGGAGCGGAUUCGCAGCAUUGCAAUUGCGGGGAGCAAGAAUGGUGAUGUUGUUGUUUUGGGCACCGAAGGAGGCCGAUUGAUUUUGUGGGAGACGUGCACUGGCAGACAAGUCGCGACAACGGCAUCGCAUUUAAGUCCAGUGACUGCAUUGGUGGUCGACCCCGGCUCGAAAUUCAUUCUCUCCGGUUCUCAGGAUGCCACUGUCCAUGUCUGGUCAUUAGUUGAGCUUCUGUCUUUUACAAAAGCUCCACCAGGCCGUGAUCGACAGGCCCCGAAUUCGCCCAUCCGGACCUUCUCGAACCAUCGCGCCGCCAUUACCUCCAUCACAGUUGGACAUAGCGCCGGUCGAUAUAACAUUGCUGUUUCAGCCGCUCAAGACCACACCGCCGUUGCAUGGGACUAUCACACAGGCCGUGUCCUACGGACCUUCCUCUUACCAUCGAAUCCUGUUUCUCUGACACUUGAUCCUGUUGACCGGGCUUUCUAUGUGGGAUAUGAAGAUGGAAGCAUCCAAUCAGUAGACUUCUACAAGAGCCAGUCCAUCCAACAUCCCCUUCAUGACCCAUCGCUACAGUCCACUCCCUCCCAACCGCCAGCCGAAGACCGAUGGUCACCACCCACCGCCGACUGCGGAGCAGUGCAUGUGCUCUGUCUCUCUUACGAUGGCAUGACGCUACUUUCUGGACACCAGAAUGGGAAAAUUCUCUCCUGGAAUGUCGGGAGACGAAAAUACGCCUCGACAGUAGCGGACUAUACUCAUCCUGUGACAAACAUGUUUAUCCUCCCACCAAACGGCCUCCCCCAGCCAAGCCUCGAGUUGAAAAGGACAGCACACACGGUAGUCAAGCCCCGAUAUGACAGCACUCUUUCCGAGACGUCAAAGCAGGCCGGAAUCGUGCCGGCCGAUUACACAUUCAGCACGCAUCUCCUCACAACAUCAUCCAGGCCGCCCCAGUCAAGAAACCCUGCCGGCACUACGAGAACAGACCAAUUCGGCGACGCGUUCACUCAUGCAACGUUUCCGGAAUCAAUGUUGGAAGAAGGUCUCGCCGAGCUGGCCGCACUGGGCCAACCAGGCGUCAUUGGUGUCUCAGUCCCAUCCAUAGCCCAAUCAACAACCGCAACGAACGAGGACACUGCCGUGAAGGAUUCACACAUCGCGUCUCUAGAGGCUGAAAUCGCAAUGCUCAAGAAGAAGGCGUUCGUCAGCGAGACCGCCCGACAAACCAGUACAAACGAGGUGACCAAACUGCGCGCCGACCUCGUCCAUUUACACGAUUACAUCAACGAUCUCCACCAGAAACAAAAGCAGACGCAGCGGGAACGGGUUCUGCGACAGGCGCGCAAAGAGGAACGCGAAACCAAAAGAAGAGAAGCUUGGUUCGCGGCCGAAAAGAAGGGCAAAAAGGGAGACGUCGUCCUACGGGAAAUGGAAGCGGAAGAUAGUGUGCAGACUAGCGGCACAGAUGAUCUUAGCAGCGAUGAACAAUAA